UGCUUGUAUAGAUAGAUAUUUAUGCUUAAUUUGUGUUUGUGGUGGAACGCUUCUGUUUCUACAAUUCUCUUUCUCUCUCUCUCUUCGUUUCUGAGAACUAGUUGGAGAAGGCACUGAGAGUGUGAGAAAUGGCGGCAGUAAAUGCAUCAAUUAUUACGUCUUCCACACAAACAUUUCUGGCCAUGCAGUCCGUUUCCAAUACUAAUACAACUCGACUUGUUUCAAACUCGCUUGCUAGCAGUUUCAUCGGUAAUUCAUUGCCACGGUUUUUCCCAAUGAAGAAGAGAGUUGUCAAGAUUAGUGGGGAAGUCAGAGCUGCAGCAGCUGUUACAACUAGUCCUGUUGAGGAAACCAAAGAGUUUACCCUUCCUUCAUGGACUAUGUUUGAACUUGGCAAGGCCCCAGUAUAUUGGAAAACCAUGAAUGGUCUUCCUCCUUCUUCUGGGGAAAAGCUAAAGAUUUUCUACAAUCCCACUGCGACCAACCUUGUUCCCAAUGAAGAAUUUGGGAUUGCUUUUAAUGGAGGUUUUAAUCAGCCAAUUAUGUGUGGUGGUGAGCCAAGGGCAAUGCUGAGAAAAAACCGAGGCAAAGCUGAUCGCCCAAUUUAUACCAUCCAGAUAUGCAUUCCCAAGCAUGCUCAGAACUUGAUCUUCUCAUUCACAAAUGGAGUUGAUUGGGAUGGUCCUUACAAAAUGCAAUUUCAAGUCCCCAAGGCUUGGCGGAACAAACCAAUUGACUUCUUUAACCAGGGCCUAGCACAAGAGUUGAGUAAAGAAGGUGCAUGUGAGAAAGCAAUCUUUCCAGACACAGAAAUUGUUGUCACAAGAUGUGAUAUGAUCGGAAACUUGACAGUAGAAGGGGGUGAUCGUUGCAAUCUCAAUCUCGUACCAGGAUGCACAGAUCCUAGCUCUCCCACUUACAACCCACUUGCCAAUGUAGAUGAUGGAUCCUGUCCAAUUGAUUCAGAUUCUGAGGUUUAGUCCAUAUCCAAUCACCUCACACGUAAAUAUCAUAAAGCAUGUACAAGAAAUGUUUAUAACAUACCCAAUUAAAGGGUGGGGGAAAAAAAACUCGUUUGGUUAAAUAGAAAAUGAAUAUAUUACUGUCAUCA